CGAUCGUAUGAUAACGAUUAAUGAAAACCAAUACUCUGUCCGAAUUUAAAUUCAUUUCAUACAAAUUACGACCCACUGCAUGUCCAGUUGCUUUACCUUAAACUGACGUACAUAUAUGCAUUUCUUUAAAAAUGUCCCCCCUCUUCCCGACAAUUUUUAUCUUCCUCCUUUUCCACACAAUGGAAAUAAAUUGUCAAGGAUGCAAUAUCACUACGCCAUGUGCCACGCCCCAUUGCUGCUCCCAGUGGGGUAAUUGCGGUCACGGGCCCGAUUUUUGUGGCGACGGGUGCCAACACGGAUGCGAUUCUGCCCCCACUUGCGGUCUCUACGCACACGAGGAAAACUUCCCUGUGUCCGUUUGCUGCAGCCAGUUUGGAAAUUGCGGGACAACUUCGGACUUUUGUGGGACUGGGUGUCAAAACAAUUGCGGGGACGCGCCCACCUCAACCUGUCAAAUUUCCAGAGAUAUGAUUCGUGUCGGUUACUACUCAUCGUGGGCGAGUGCUCGGGCCUGUGGGAAAUAUUCCGUGGACGAAAUUCCCGUCGGAAAUUAUACCCAUUUGAAUUACGCGUUUGGAAACAUUCAAAACGGCGUGAUGAUCAAUCCCUCUGAAGGAACGGAAGAGUGGGACAAUUUAGCGGCUUUUUCCGCCCUCAAAGCCACAAAUCCUGCGAUACGCCUCCUAAUUUCCGUGGGUGGCUACGCCUUCAACGAUCCUGGACCAACGCAGCGGGAAUUUCAUAAUUUGGCCAUUAAUACCACUACCCGGGCGAGAUUUAUUCAAUCCGUGUCCACCUUUUCAGAGGAGUGGAACCUUGACGGUUGUGACGCAGAUUGGGAAUAUCCCGUGGACCCAGACCGCGGCGGGAGUCCGGAGGAUAGGGAAAAUUAUGUCGCCCUGCUGAAAGAAAUGCGGGCAGCUUUUGGCCAAAAGUGGUUAAUUACUAUUGCCGCCCCGGCGAGUUACUGGUACUUGAGGCAUUUUAAGGUAGACGAAAUGCAGGCACAGCUGGAUUGGAUAAACGUUAUGAGUUACGAUUAUAACGGAGCGUGGGACCCGGAACGGCUCGCGAGACCACAUUCGGGGAUUCGAGAGAUGGAAGAGAGUCUCCAAUUAUUCAGGAAAGGGGGCGUACCUCCAGAAAAGUUGGUUUUUGGGCUGGGAUUUUACGGGAGGUCGUACACUUUAACCCAACCAGAAUGCGGGAAAGGGUCCGGGUGUGAGUUUAACGGGCCUGGGGAAGCCGGCGCGUGUACGGCGGGGGCAGGGACAUUAGCUUACUUUGAGAUAGAGGAGUUAAUCAAGGCGCAGAAUUUAGCGCCAGGCCUGGAUUCUCUGUCUUUAACGAGAUAUUUGAAUUAUGACGGGGGCAAACAGUGGGUCACGUAUGAUGAUGAAAUCACUCUGAAGUUUAAAACGGACUGGGCAAGGGUUAAUUGUUUGAAGGGAGUCAUGGUGUGGAGCGUGGAUCAAGGGGUGGAGAAGAAAGUGGAGGAAGAGGACAAUACUGGGGGAAGUGAGACAACUGUUAGUGGUGUUAGUUUGGUCGUGGUAACCUUUUUGGGGGUUCUUCAUGUUCAAGGCAGGUUUAUGUAGAUUGUAAAAAAUAUUUCAUAAAAAUGUUCCAAAAACUGUGUGCUAAACUUCGGAAAUAUUAUCGGGUAAAUAAAUAUUCAUUUACUUAUGUAUGUAAGGCAAA